GAAGAAGGAAGCUCUUAAACAAUAAAUGCUUGAACAUGUUGCUGUGGUCGGGUCGCUGUCCUCUCCCUUAUCCUUUUAAAUGCAAAUCUUCCUUGGGGGGCGAGGAGCAGCGCGACGGCCCCGGUGCCUGCCCGCCUGCCUCUUUCUCUCUCGGCUCCCCUUUCCCCUCCUUCCCUCCCUCCCUCCCUCCUCCCUCCUCCCUCCCUCCACGUCACCUGCCUCGGGUCGUGGGCCUGGCCUGGCCAUUUCCAAGAGAGCCGCCUCAAGAAUCGCUCAUCUUCCCGAGCGCGCAAUGGUAACCGUCGCCUGAGCCUCCGGAGCCGGCGCGCCGCGUCUCUGCGUCCGGGGGAAGCCGCAGCCGCAAGGCCCGGCAGCCGCAGCCCAGCCCGGCGCAGCCUGUCCCCGCCGCCGGUCCGCCGCCCUCCCUCCCAGCCUCCGCCCGCAGCAGUAUGCGGAGAAGCGCCGCUCGCCUCGGGCCACCAUGUACGUGAGCUACCUGCUGGAGAAAGAGACCCCCUCCAUGUACCCCGGUUCCGUGCGCCAUGCAGGGGGGUUCAACUUGACCGCCGCGCAGAACUUCGUGGGCGCUCCGCAGUACCCGGACUACGGCGCCUACCAUGUGCCCGCCGCGAUCGGACUGGACAACGCUCAGUCGCCCGGGUCGCCCUGGCCAGCCGCCUACGGCGCGCCCCUGCGCGACGACUGGAACGGCUAUGGGCAGGGGGGCGCCCCGGGGACGGCGGCCGCCAGCGCCCUGCACGGACCCACCCCAGGCGGCUUGGCCUACAGCCCCGCCGGAGACUACCUCCCGCACCCGCACCAUCCCUCCCAGGGACCUCCGGCGCCCCCCUGCGGGGUCCCCCCUUCCGCGGGACUGAUGCAGCCUCUCAACCCGCCGCCCGGCUCGGAUCGUCUCUCCCCUGGCGGCCAGCGGCGGAACUUCUGCGACUGGAUGAGGAAACCCACGGCGGGGGGACCCGUGAAAACCAGGACGAAAGACAAGUACCGUGUGGUCUACACAGACCACCAGCGACUGGAGUUGGAGAAGGAGUUUCACUAUAGCCGGUACAUCACCAUUCGGAGAAAAGCUGAACUGGCAGCCACACUGGGAUUGUCAGAAAGACAAGUGAAAAUCUGGUUUCAGAAUAGGCGAGCAAAAGAAAGGAAGAUCAACAAGAAGAAGUUACAACAAUCUCAGCCUGGGGGAGCGCACAGUGGAUCUGAACCCAUGAGUCCUGUCUCCUCCAUGCAGGCAGGGACAACUGGCUCUGGCCCCAGUGGAGGCGUUUUGGGUGCUACUGGCUUGACCCCAACUGUUGCACAGUGACAGCAGUUGCAAGGAAAGACUGAGCCACUAAAGAGUUCCUGCAUUCGAUAAGGAGGAGGAGGAGACAGCCUGCCACACACCAGCCAGCCCAUGGGGAAGAAAGCCACCGAUGAGGCAAGUGGUGACUCUCCAUGUCCUGCACUAGGAUGGACUGCACUGAACAGCAUCACACUCUGGGGUUUUCUGCCCAUUUGUAUAAAAUAUACUGUGGGCCACCCAAGUUUGGAUGGGGCAGGGGAGGGAAGGGAGUUGAUUUUCCUUAAUUUGUUUCUUCAUCAUCUCCCGGACGCUGCCAUAGAUACCACAUAACUGACACUGAUCUUUGCAAUGAAAAACACCUUUUCUCAGGGAAUUGGGCCUGGAAUGCCUGCUUGUUGUUCUUGUUUUUGUUUUUUAAUUACCAAUGUUGUUGGACUAAUGAUAAAUGUUAAUGGGAAAAAGAAGAAAUUAAACCAUAUUUACUUUGUUUUU